GCCAUUUUCGACUGGGACGGAGCAAUUUCUAGUCUAGGUUGUACCAUGCCUGCCAAAAUGAAAUAUUCCACAGCAAAGCAAAGCGCAAAACUUGGUCCGGAGGGAGCAGAACCCUUGGAUGCGUCUGACAACGGAAUGGAUAUCCAACAAAAGGCAACCACACCAAAUGUCGAUGAAGUUAGAGGAGAUACUACCUUAGAAUCACCAGUUGAAACAGUAAAUAAUCAAAGCUUGGAAGAAAUUUUAGCUGGCAUAUCUCCUCCUCCACCCCCAGCAAUGACCAAUGAACCUGGAGCUCCUCGUCUCAUGAUUACACAUAUAGUAAAUCGAAAUUUCAAAUCUUAUGCUCAAGAACAAAUUCUAGGUCCUUUUCACAAGAGAUUUUCUUGUAUUAUUGGACCAAAUGGGAGUGGUAAAUCAAAUGUGAUUGAUUCAAUGUUGUUUGUUUUUGGGUACCGAGCCCAAAAAAUUCGCUCCAAAAAAUUGUCUGUGCUCAUUCACAAUUCUGAUGAACACAAGGAUAUUCAGAGCUGUACUGUGGAAGUUCAUUUUCAAAAAAUCAUAGAUAAGGAGGGUGACGAUUUUGAAGUUAUUCCAAAUAGCAAGUUCUAUGUUUCGAGAACUGCCUACAAGGACAAUUCUUCUGUAUAUCAUAUUAAUGGAAAGAAAUCUACAUUCAAAGAUGUAGGACUGUUGCUUCGCAGCCAUGGGAUUGAUCUGGAUCACAACAGGUUUUUGAUUCUUCAGGGUGAAGUGGAACAAAUUGCUAUGAUGAAGCCAAAAGGUCAAACUGAGCAUGAUGAGGGUAUGUUAGAAUAUCUGGAAGAUAUAAUUGGAUCAGGGCGACUCAAAGAGCCAAUUCAGAUCCUCUGUCGCAGAGUUGAAAUUUUGAAUGAACAGAGAGGGGAGAAGCUUAAUAGAGUCAAGAUGGUGGAAAAAGAAAAAGAUGCCUUGGAAGGAGAGAAGAAUCAUGCGCUUGAAUUUCUUGCAUUGGAAAAUGAAAUUGUGAAGAAGAAGAAUUGCGUCUUGCAGUAUUAUAUCCAUGAUGUGCAAAGAAGGAUUGCUGAUAUGAAGGUACAAAAGCAAAAUAUUCAUGAUGAGACUCAAGGUACACGUGAUAAAAGCGCCACACUUGCAGAAGAUAUAAAGGUCAAAAAUGAUGCUUUGAAAAAACUUGAAAAGAAAAUGGGUAAAAUUACCAAGUUCAUUGACGAGAAAAAGGGGAAGUUUGCAGAGUUUGAUUUGCAAGAUGUUAAAGUCCGUGAAAAGUUGAAACAUUCAAAAAGUAAAGAGAAAAAACUGCAGAAACAACUACAGAAAGAUAAUGAAAAGUUGGAUGAUUUGAAAAAUGUACCCAAUGAUAGUGAAAAGACCAUCAGAGAAGCAACAGCUGGAAAAGAAAAGCUUGAACAAAAUAAAAUAAAUGAGGAAGAGAAGCUGAGGAAAGUAAUGGAGACUCUCAAACAAGAGACACAAGGAUUGCAGGAAGAGAAAGAGGUGAAUGAGAAGGAGUUGAUGGAGUUGAGUAAAGCAGUGAAUGAGGCUAGAUCAAAGAUGGAUGUGGCUCAGUCAGAGCUAGAUAUCUACCUCAGUCGCCAUAAAGCUGCUUUGGGUCAACUCAGUCAGUCUAAGGAUGCACUAGCAACUACUGUUAAUACACUUAAAGAAAGAAAAGCAGCAAUUAAAGAUUUGGAAGCCAAAAUUCCACAAAGUGAACAAGAAUUGGAUAAGGAUGAAAAGGAGCUCGAUAAAAUAAUUCAGUCUGAUGCUCAGAUCCGGAAUAGUGUUUAUGAGCUGCGGCAAAAGGUUGAAGAAGCAAAGAGCUCUUUAACAGUAAAUCGCAGUCGGGGCAGAGUUUUGGAGGCUCUAAUGCAGCAGAAGAACACUGGUAAAAUUCUUGGAAUCCAUGGGAGACUGGGUGACCUGGGUGCCAUUGAUGAAAAAUACGAUGUUGCUAUUUCUUCCUGUUGUGGUGCCUUAGAUAACAUUGUUGUGGACACAAUUGAGAAUGCUCAAGAGUGUGUCAAGUUCCUGAAGAAUCAAAAUAUUGGAGUAGCAACUUUUAUUGCUUUGGAUAAGAUGAAAGUUUGGGAGAAAAGUAGCGGUAAAAUCCAAACUCCUGAAAACAUACCCCGUCUCUUUGAUUUGGUUAAAAUAAGCAAUGAGGCGGUGCGACCAGCAUUUUACUUUGCACUUCGAGACACACUUGUGGCUAAGGAUUUAGAGCAAGCAUCACGGGUUGCAUUCCAGAAGGACAAGCGCUGGAGAGUGGUAACAAUGCAAGGGCAGAUAAUUGAGCAGUCAGGUACAAUGACAGGUGGAGGGGGGAAAAUAAUGAAGGGGAGAAUGGGAUCUUCAUUAGUGGUUGAAACAACUCCAGAGGAGAUGGAAAAAAUGGAGACUAAAUUGCAAAAGAAUUUGGCAAUGGCACAAAAAUACCAAGAACAGAAAAGUAAUUUGGAAGAAAAAGUGGUUAAGAUGCGGCAGAGUAUCAGGGAGAUGAAAAACACGUUGGAAAAAUACACAGCAAGCAUACAGGGCCUGACUGAACAGGAGGUUCACUUAACAAUUCGGGUGAAGGACUUUGAAGCAAAUGUGGUGGCAGCAGUUCCUGAUCAGAAUAAACAGAAAGAGCUACAGAGGGUAUUGGACACUUACAAGAAAGAGUAUGAAAAGGCUGCAGCAAAAGCUGGGAAAAUUGAGGCAGAGGUGAAACGAUUGCAUGAACUUAUUGUUGAAAUCAACAAUAAAAAACUUAAAGCCCAACAGGAUAAACUGGAUAAAAUUAACAAAGAAAUAGAUGAUUGCACAUCUUCCAUUACAAAAGCACAAGUUGCUAUCAAAACAGCAGGACGAAAUUUUAAAAAAGCAGAAGAAGCAGUGAAGCGAACAAGAGAAGAAAUUGAAGAGAAUAAAAAGGAGAUUGAAGAUCUAACAGAAGAACUGAAGAAGUUAGAAGAAGAGGGUGCUAUAGUGCUCAAAGAAUGCACUGAAGCUCAGGAACAAUUAACAAUUGUAACUGAGGAACGUAAUUGUUUUCUGCAAGAGUUAAAAACAGUUCAGGAAGAACAACAGGCACUUCAGAAAGUAUUUCUUAACAUUCGUCUGAAGUUGGAGCAGAUUGAUGGACACAUUGCAGAACAUCAAUCUAAGAUUAAAUUCUGGCAGAAAGAGAUAUCAAAGCUUUCUUUACAUCCUAUUGACAAACCAGCAGAAGAACUUCCAGAAUUGAGUGAGGAGGAUCUUGUGGGAAUUAACAAUCCAGAAAUGAUAAAUAAUCAGAUAGCACUUCUAGAAGCUAAGUGCCUCGAAAUGAAGCCAAACUUGGGUUCUAUUGCUGAAUAUAAGAAGAAAGAAGAGCUCUAUUUGCGGCGUGUGGCAGAGCUCGAUGAAAUCACUAAUGAACGGGAUAAAUUCAGGCGUGCCUUUGAAGACUUGAGAAAACAGCGACUAAAUGAAUUCAUGGCUGGCUUUAAUAUGAUCACUAAUAAAUUAAAAGAGAAUUACCAAAUGCUUACACUAGGUGGAGAUGCUGAACUGGAGUUGGUUGAUAGUCUGGAUCCUUUUUCUGAAGGAAUUAUGUUCAGUGUGCGUCCACCAAAGAAAAGCUGGAAAAAAAUUUUCAAUAUUUCUGGUGGAGAGAAGACUCUUAGUUCUCUGGCUCUGGUUUUUGCGCUUCACCAUUACAAACCUACUCCUUUAUACUUCAUGGACGAGAUUGAUGCAGCACUGGAUUUCCGAAAUGUUUCAAUUGUUGCACAUUAUAUUUAUGAACAGACCAGGAAUGCCCAGUUUAUAAUUAUUUCUUUGCGGAACAAUAUGUUUGAAAUUGCUGAUAGGUUGGUUGGAAUUUACAAGACCCACAAUACAACAAAGAGUGUUGCAACCAAUCCCAAAGUCAUUGGUCUUCAAGCUCUUCCUGAAGUAAUGGGCACAGCCUAAGUUUUGCUAGAACUGCAAUAAGUUUUUAAAGAUGUUUUUAUUUUUAUGUUUCACUAUUCAGUUCUAUACAUAUGGAAUUUGUACCAGCAUGAAAUAGUGGUGUAAAUCUUUACGUAAGUGGAAUUAAAAAGUAAUAUCUAAACUUCUGUUCAGGGUUAACUUCACCUAUAUUACCCACCUGUGAUCUUUAAAUUUUGAUAUAUGUUUUGUGUUUGCUGUAAAGUACUAUGUUUUUACAUAAUGCAGAUAGUUGAAUUCUUAUUAAAUCAAUU